AUGUUUCGGAAAGCUCAAACUUCUGUACCCAAGACGGACGAACAGUCGCACGAAUACGCCUUGGACUGGCCCCCAUCACAGCGCUGGAACCCAGACUAUAACGUCCCACGCAACUCUCUUGAAGAUGCCCACAGCCUUUCGCAGUCUCCGGCGUGGCCGUCAACUCAGCCCGAGGGCUCGGGGGUUCUUGGCAAUCAAUCGGUGGAUAAGGAAGCUGCACCAAAGAGAGAGGGUGUGCCGCAAGCCAAGGGCAGUCAUGAUGCCACGGACUCAAAAUCCCAGCUGCCUGACUUGUCGCACUGGCUUGAGACACUUUCCGAAAUUUAUAUGAAUAACCUAGAGAACCGCGCCCGAUGGGAUCCGCGCUGGUUGAGCAUAACCCGACGUGAACGGCACCGAGGCCUUGCAUCCAGCUCAGUUACCAUCUUGGACUACCUGAACAACGAACCAAGACCCCUAAAAACGACUGCCGCAGACAUAGCUCAAUUGUGUGUCGCUUUGCAGGAAAGGCCGAAAGGUUGUUACUUGCGAGUAUUAAUGGUGAGCGACUUGAGUCGGUUUCUCAUGGGUGCCUUGGGACAGCUGUAUACUGUUGACCCGGAAUUUUGGUUUGACCACCUCACGAACUCUGGCUACGCAGCAAGCGAUAGUCAGCUCAAGGUUUCGAGCGCAGUGUGGAUGAAUUGGGCGGAACGAGAAACUCGCUUUCGCCAUCGUUCGCUUCCGGGCAUUGGCCAACAAACUCAGUGGAAUACCCCAGGCUUAAUGCAUUAUUUGGGAAAGAAGGGUUUCAAUGAGGACGAGAUCGAGUGCCGGCUUGGCGAUGGCAGAUGGCUUGUCGAACGGGAUGUGUUCUUGGACAAGUACGGAUUUCUCAUGACGCCACACAGACUACUCAGGCACGCUCAGAUAUCUAAAAGAUCACCUCAGACAAAAUUACGCGACUUGUACUCAAGGUCCAAAGGCUCCAACAUCUAUCGCGCGUACAGUACGUUCGACGGCCUGCCCAAGAAUGUAACGGCAUGGAAAAACCGGGAUUUGAGAGUCGUGGCCCCGGAAGGUGCCAGCUACUGGACUGGAACAGACGAUCUGGCCCGGCGGAUAGAUAUCAUUGUCUUGGACCCCCCACGGCGAAUGCAGGACGGCAUAACGAACGAGGCAAUUCCUUCUCUCACCUUUAUGCCGAGAGCUAUGGAGUUGGAAUCGUAUACCGACGAUGAUCUUUGGCGCAUGGCCGACGUAGAGGAGACUUUUCUUGAUCCUCCACCGCCCCUUGCCUCUAGACAAGAAAUGAAAAGGAAACGGAAGGAGGCAUCAAUCCAGAAAACAAAGAGGGCCAAGGAGUCACGACACAAUGAAGGCGCUGAUGAAGAAUUAGGCAUCAGCGCAGCGUCUGGUUCCGAAUCUGGUUCCGAAUCUGGUUCCGAAUCUGGGCUCACCAGUGACGACGAGUAUGACCAAGAUUACAUGAAUGAGUUGCGAGCUGAGUACCAGAACCCGAAGCCUCAUUCCAGAGAUCGCGACUUUGCCAGAAAAUACGCACUGUCAACGUCCAAACUAGUGGAUCGUCUUCUCACGGCGACGCCGACACAAGCGCUGUUGCGUGAUCCGUCGUCCAUUCCGGCUCUACUCUACCGACUUGUUCUCGAUGACUUUUGGCAGCUUCUAGCGGAGAUGCGUUUGCAGCUGGAUCAUUUGGAUAAUGAUCUAACAGCAACUCUAUACGAGCAACUCGUUGAAUCAAUUGGCAACUCGACGCGGCAAAAUCUUACAUGGAUGCGGUCGACACUGCAAGAAUUACGUGACUGGGCUAACCACUUGCAAAAGUCCAGGCUCGCUGUCAAACUCCCCGUCGACAUUCAGCAAGAAGUCUCGGAAUUGAAUGUGGAUGUUCAAGAUUUGCAGCGUCGAAGCGAGCAGACAAUGAACUUACUGGUGUCGUCAAUGACACUUGCCCAAUCGUCUACUGUCAUCGAGCAGACAUCUGGCAUCAACAAACUCACAGAGCUGGCUUUCUUCUUCAUUCCGGUAUCUUUCAUUACGUCCGUCUUUUCUAUGCAAGUCUCGGAGCUCACAUCGGCGCCGCCGCGGAUCUGGAUUUGGGGCCUCUCACUAUCAGUCGUCGCCUUGACUACUUACUUGGUCCGAAUAUCACUGCGAUCACCGUCCAUCCGCAUCGUGCUGUUGCAUUUCCGGGCAACAAUAAUUAAUCGUUUUUCCGCACCCGGUGCGGGCACGGCUUCCAGGCGUCUGAACACGGUCGGGAACCGUGCAAUUGCCAAGUUCAUAUUCUUCUUCACGGCUGCCAUGACCAUGUAUUCGAUGGUGGUCAUUCCCGUCUUGUUCCUUCUCUUCCUUUUAUUGGGGGGCCUCUGGCUGGGCAUCAUGGGCGUCGCCUUGUACUUUGUAGUCACCCGGUGGCCCGAAGCUACGGUUCUAAUCCCUUGUUUCAUCUCGAUUCUGAUCUCUCUUGCCGGAAUGGCUGCCUGCUGGCACUGGCGCCAAAAGAUUUCGGACGGAUGUCUGACGGCAAUAAAUUGGAGUGCUGGGUGGAUUAAAUCGAUGUUCCCAGCACAGUGGACAUUGGAUGCCGUGGAUGAUGAGGACUUGGCAAAGGAAGGUAUCAACGUAUACGCGCGGCAGGCACUCGUGUUAGCAACCUAG